AUGAAACCAAGACCUUGUGACUCUCAGACCGCCCGACGCAACCAGCCCGACCCGACCGCAGAACCAUGCCUCCUUCUCCUGCUCCCCCGUGAGCUGCGAGACCUCAUCUGGGAAUACAGUCUCCUGUGCGCCCAUGCUCCGCCUGCGCUCUCGUCGCCCGCAAACACCGCCUCUUCGUAUCAGCAGUACGACUCGUGGGGUGAAGAAGCCAACCACUACCCGCGCCGCACCCUCGUGAACAGCACCGCUCUGCUCUGCUGCAGCCGCCAGGUCAACGCCGAGGUCUCCGACGCCAUUGCCCGCCUGCGUGCCCACCGCCGCCUGGCGUGUUCGCUGCGCAUCCUGCUGCGGAACGAGAAGCACCUCUUCAUCGACUGGACCUGCGUGCCCGCCGUAGCAACCCACUAUGACGCCGUCCACAUCGACUUCAAAAUCGUCGGCAAGCCCCAGCCCGCCGACGGUGCCAGCAGCCGCGACCUGCCCAUGAGGACACUGCAUCCAUCCGCCUUGCCGGGCCAUACCCUCUCGCGGACCAGGGCCUCCUCAUCCGCCGCCCCCUGGACAUCGCUCCUGUACGAGCGCAAGGACCGCGACUUCUCCUUCCACCGCCACCUGUUCAAGCUGCUCGCCCGCCUGCGCAACUACGGGCCCUCCUUCCUCGGCGACCCCGUCAUCUUCUCCGCCAUCAGCAGUAGCAACAACAACAACAACAACACCACCACCACCACUCCCGCUCUCACGUCCUCACCAAACACCCAACCGCCACCACCACAACCACCACAGCACCACCACCAAAAGCAACCCCCACCACCGCCACCACCGCCCCCCCGCCGCCGCCGCGCCCCCACCACCCCCACCACCUUCGCCCUCCUCACCAUCAACGUCCUCACCCCGCCCACCUCCCACACCGACCCCACCGCCUUCCGCCCCCCGCUCUACCCCUGGACCACCGGCCGCACCACCCCCCACCACCACGACAACGGCACCACCUGGAACCUCAUCGUCAGCCGCCACCAACGCACCCUUUCCGGCAGUAGCGGUGCUGGUGCUGGUGCCGGCUCCGUCGGCCUCGUCCCGCCCGCCGUGGUGACGGCGUGCUGUCGCGAGUUUUUUGCGUGGGCGCUGCACGCGCGGAGUACGGGCAGGGCGGUGGCGGGCGCGGGCGCGGGCGCGGGCGCGGGCGCGGGGAGUGGUAGGAAAGAGAAUGCGUUUUUGGAGGAGGGGUUUGGGGAUGUGAGGGUCUUGCUGGAUGGGAGGGAGGACUUUUUGGUGGAGUUGGGGCUGGAACGGCCGGGUGGGGGCGGGUUGGUGGGGAGGAGGGGUGAUGGCGAUGGUGAGUUCGCGGGCGAGGGUGAGCAAGUCGCUGUUCAUAGCCUCAGGAGGAAGUGGUGGGAACCGGUGUUCAAGAAUAAGGCGGAGGCGUUUGCGUGUGGUGACGGUGCGGAGGAGGGAGGCGGGUUGCAUAGGUAUUGUAGCGCGACGAGGGAGUUGAGGAGGUCGGCGUGA